CAGCUAGUCGUAUCCGUUUGUGUCGCUCUCGCUUGUACUGGGUGAAAACGGACUGGAUUGCAGCGAUGUCAGUUCAGGUUGUGGCAGCGAAAAUGGCCGAGGUCGAAUUAAAAGACGUUCCUAAUAAAGAACUGUCGGCCGUGUCGCCGGUGGCACCCAAGACGGACGAGAAAGGCUUGUCCAACACUGACCUUAACGCCUCGGCUACAUCUCCGGCAGUGGAGCCCGCGGUGAAGGGAGACCCGAGUCCGCUGAGCUCGGCGCCGAGCACCGCGAAGAUCCCCCAGGCGUCCGCGAUGAAGCGGCCGGAUCCGCAGCAGAACGGCGGCGAAGCGUUCGUUAACCGCGAUGGCACGGUCGCGGAGGCUCCGAGAAUGAAAAAGCAGAUACAGUUUGCAGACCAGAAGCAGGAGUUCAACAAGCGACCUACCAAGAUAGGCCGCCGAUCUCUGUCUCGCUCCAUCUCCCAGUCCUCUACAGACAGCUACAGCUCAGCUGCCUCUUACACUGACAGCUCAGAUGAUGAAACCUCUCCUCGUGACAAGCAGCAGAAGAACUCCAAGGGCAAUGGAGACUUCUGCAUCAAAAACAUCAAACAGGCUGACUUUGGACGCAGAGAGAUUGAGAUUGCUGAACAAGAGAUGCCAGCUCUCAUGGCUCUGAGGAAGAGAGCUCAGGGAGAGAAGCCCCUGGCUGGAGCUAAAGUGGUGGGCUGCACUCACAUUACAGCCCAGACUGCUGUGCUGAUGGAGACCCUUUCCGCUCUGGGGGCUCAGUGCAGGUGGGCUGCGUGUAACAUCUACUCUACUCAGAACGAGGUGGCAGCUGCCCUGGCAGAGGGAGGUUUCUCUGUAUUUGCUUGGAAGGGGGAGUCUGAAGAUGAUUUCUGGUGGUGCAUUGAUCGCUGUGUUAACCUAGAGGGCUGGCAACCUAACAUGAUUCUGGAUGAUGGCGGGGACCUGACUCACUGGAUCUAUAAGAAGUACCCAAACAUGUUCAAAAAGAUUAAAGGCAUUGUGGAGGAGAGUGUGACUGGAGUCCAUAGAUUAUAUCAACUGUCCAAGGCUGGGAAACUGUGUGUGCCUGCCAUGAACGUCAAUGACUCUGUCACCAAACAGAAGUUUGACAACCUCUACUGCUGCCGGGAGUCCAUCCUGGAUGGUCUGAAGAGGACCACUGAUGUCAUGUUUGGGGGAAAACAGGUGGUGGUGUGUGGAUAUGGAGAGGUUGGAAAGGGCUGCUGCGCUGCUCUGAAGGCAAUGGGCUCCAUCGUGUAUGUCACAGAGAUCGACCCCAUCUGUGCCCUGCAGGCCUGCAUGGACGGCUUCAGACUGGUCAAGCUGAAUGAGGUCAUCAGACAAGUGGAUAUUGUCAUCACCUGCACAGGUAAUAAGAAUGUGGUGGUGAGAGAAAACCUGGACCGCAUGAAGAAUGGCUGCAUCGUCUGCAACAUGGGCCACUCUAACACAGAGAUCGAUGUGGCCAGUCUGCGGACCCCUGAGUUGACCUGGGAGCGUGUGAGGUCCCAGGUGGACCAUGUCAUCUGGCCUGAUGGGAAGAGGAUAGUGCUUCUUGCAGAGGGUCGGCUCCUCAACCUGAGUUGCUCCACUGUGCCCACAUUUGUCCUGUCCAUCACAGCCACAACUCAGGCCCUAGCUCUGAUCGAACUGUACAAUGCUCCAGAGGGCCGCUACAAACAGGACGUCUACCUGCUGCCUAAGAAAAUGGAUGAGUAUGUGGCCAGCCUUCAUCUGCCCACGUUUGAUGCCCACCUCACCGAGCUGACUGAUGAGCAGGCCAAGUAUUUGGGCCUGAACAAGAACGGCCCCUUCAAGCCAAAUUACUACAGGUACUAAACCACCUGGUCUGUGGGAAAUUGAAGAGAAAUUUGGCGCAACUCAUCAGCCCGUACCGUGCAAGGCUGGGGUUCAGCGUCUCUCUUUCGGGGGAGAGAGAGGCUCUGUGCUGACUGGCUGGAGCCAAGGAUGUGGCUAAUGAUGCUGCGGCAGUGUUUAUUUAUUUUCUGCUAGAAUAACAUAACUCUAAUCCUUUUACGAGCUGCUACUGCUAGUGGCCCAUCCUAGCACCGUCUUCAUGAAGAUUUCACUGUUUCAUCCUCUCUUAGCUUCAUGUGUCAAUAGUACGUAAUCCAUUUAGAAAUCUUCUAUUGUUUAACUAUGACUAAGCUAAUGUUGGAAAACCUAAAAAAAAACAAAAACAAAAAAAAAACAAAAAAAACAAACAACUAACUAAACAAAUGUGCGUUCUUUAACCUUUUGAUGAUUUUGUGACGGACAUGUACUUUGUCCUAUUGUCUUUAUUUUCUACUUCUGUUUACUUUUUAUGAAAUGGUGGGGUGGGACAAGAUUACGGUUGGGUCCACAGAGUCCUAAUCAUAGCUUUUCUUUCCAUCACAUUAUUAAAAUGUGUUAUUUUUUUUUUCUUUGUUUACUUUUUAAACUUGUAUUGAUUUUUACUAAAAAUUUUAGAAUUUUGUUCUCUUGGUUCAGAAUUAAAGUAGACUAGUUAAAAUUUUAACUGGAUACUGAUAGAUGUGGGGCAGGGCCUCUUUCCCAGCUGUCACUCAAACUGGAAGAAAAAAGAUUUCAUUGGUGUCACCAUCUCAAUGUGUCUCCCAAAAAUGAACGCACUGUUUCUGUGUUGUAACAAAGCCAGUAUUGAUGUUUUAAAAUGUUCCUUAUAAGCAUUUCACAAAUUCUCUAGGUCUUGAUUUCCUUUCCAUGUUAUUACAUUACUGCAGACGCUUAUCAGGCUGUAUAGUCAAUCACAGGGGUGUAUAUUUAGAUAUUUAUACAGAAAUUUAAGAUUUUUCUAUCUUCUGCCUCCCAUUUUUGUUCCCAUGAAAUCAUCCUCUGUCAUUAUAAAGAUAAGCAAUUAAAUGUUAUGAUAUUCUAGUGUAAUAUUAAAUGUACUGAAACCUUCAUUUUAUAUACUGUGAAGUAGAGACUAUUUCAAUGAGAUACCAAAUGUACAGUCAAACCGGUACCAAGUUUUUUUGCCAGGUCCUCUGCUGAUGUGAGCAACAGCAGAAUUGGAGAGCAGGGGAUUAACUGAAGCCAAGAGUGACGUAGGUACACAUUUCAGUGUCUGGACGGGUGCUUGGAGUGAACCGGUUCGGCUUUUGUUGUUUGCAGGACUGUAAAGUGCAAAGCUGCCUUUGUGACUGGCCUAUUCAAAUGUAAUAAAAUCGGGACCUUUAUUUUA